AUGGAUAACUCACACAGCGCUAGCUACCAAGCAGGAGAGGCCAAGGGCCAAGCUCAGGAGAAGGGCAACCAGAUGAUGGAUAAGGCUAGCAAUGCUGCACAGUCUGCGAAAGAAAGCAUUAAUGAGGCUGGACAGCAGAUAAAGGCCAAGGCACAAGGAGCAGCUGAUGCAGUCAAAAAUGCAACUGGAAUGAACAAAUGA